AUGGACCAAGUUUUAGCUGCUAACAUGAUAGGUGAAAAGCACUAUAACGGUGGCUGCUGGCGCGAGACCAAAAAUGGGAUCACUUUCUCUGCUUGUGUGGAUAGUGCGGAUGGGAAAUGCACAUGCCCACUUGGAUUUAAAGGUGAUGGUGUCAAAAACUGUGAAGAUGUUGAUGAAUGUAGCGAAAAAAAGGCAUGUCAGUGCCCUGAAUGCCGUUGCAAGAAUACAUGGGGCAGUUAUGAGUGCUCCUGUAGUGCAGACCUGUUGUACAUCAGGGACCAUGAUACCUGCAUAAGUAAGAGCGCUACCGAGGUCAGGUCUGCCUGGACUGCUGUUUGGGUCAUUGUUCUCGGAUUGGCUAUGGCUACCUGUGGAGCAUAUCUGGUGUACAGAUAUAGGUUGAGGUCGUAUAUGGACUCAGAGAUACGGGCUAUAAUGGCACAAUACAUGCCCCUAGACAGCCAAAACGGAGUCGUAAAUCAUGUAAACGAAGAACAUGCUUGA